CGGUCUGAUUAAAUGUGACACAGGCUGCACAUGUGUUUGUGAUUCUGUCACCGUUUCUGUAAUAACACAGUGUCACAGAAAUGCCAAAGACAGGCAGAAGAUUGAAUCACCCUGAUGGACAUGAGGAGGAGGAGGAGAUUUCUGUCAAACAGAAGAAGAUGAUGAUGAAGGCUCCUCUGCACUUUGACUCGCCGCGGGAUUUAUUUGAGAGUCUGAUCAGUCCGAUCGGGGUGGAUGAAUUCUUCCAGCAGUUCUGGGAGCGGAAGCCUUUAGUGCUGCACAGAAAUGACGCGUCUUUGGCGUCUUAUUACCGCUCACUGUUCCAGCUGUCAGAUCUGCAGCAGCUGUGCACGCGCGGUCUUCAGUACGUCACUGACCUCAAUGUGUGUCGCUGCAUCGACGGCAAGAAGAAAGUGUUGAAUAAAGACGGAAAGGUGAAGUUCAGUCUGCUGAAGGAAGACUUUGAGCAGAAGAAAGCCACGAUACAGUUUCACCAGCCGCAGAGGUUUAAGGAUGAGUUGUGGCGCAUUCAGGAGCGGUUGGAGUGUUUCUUCGGUUCUCUGGUCGGUUCUAAUGUUUACAUCACUCCUCGAGGCUCUCAGGGUCUCCCACCACACUAUGAUGAUGUUGAGGUGUUCAUCCUUCAGCUGGAGGGCCAGAAACACUGGCGGCUUUACGAGCCCACCGUCCGUCUGGCACGCGAGUACAGUCUGGAGUCAGAAGAACACAUCGGCACUCCAACACAUGACAUCAUACUGCAGGCCGGUGAUUUACUGUAUUUCCCAAGAGGAACCAUCCACCAGGCAGACACGCCUUCAGACGUGGAUCAUUCCACACACCUCACUCUCAGUACCUACCAAAACAUGUCAUGGGGCAACUUCCUGCUAGACGUGUUUCCCAGUUUCUUGUUUGAUUCUAUGAAAAGCGACGACAGGAUGCGCUCCGGUCUCCCUCGUAACACCCUUUCUUCUCCGAGCGUCAGUCCUGAUGUUAACAAGCAGGUGUGUGUGUUUCUGAGGCGUUUGGCUGAUGAUCUUGAGCAGGAACAUCAUGAGUUACGCCCCACAGAUAUGAAGAGAGACUUUAUCUCCAACAGACUUCCACCGUAUCUGCUCAGCCAGACUGAUGUAGAACCAGCUGGGAAACUGCCAUCGCUCGAAGACACAGUAUGUAUCCGGUUUAAAGAGCAUCUUCUUCUAACGGUGGAACCGAGUCAGGACAACACUGAUGAAGCCACACAGUUGGUCGUGUUUGUGUUACAUUCUUUAAAGAACCGAAGAGAAACACACAUGAUGGGAUCAUCUAAUAAUGAUGAUGAUGAUGACGAAGAAGAGUCCUCACAGUGUCAUGGUCUGCGGUUUCCUUUGACGCAUCUGGUGGCACUAAAGCAGCUACUGCAGUCGGAGCGCAUCUCUGUUGCGGAUCUGCAGCUGCAGCAGGAUGAAGAUAAACUGGGGCUGCUGCUGGGACUCUGGACAGAAGGAUUGUUGCAUGUCUGUUAAAUAUCUAAAGCACUGAGGCAAACUUGCAGCGCUGCUUUACUUCCUGUGUGAACGAUCUACACACACGGAUCCUUGUUCAUACUUUCAGCUGAUGCCUGUGUGUGUGUGUGUGUGUGUGUGUCUCUCUCUCUCUCUCUCCAGGGAAACAGCCUGUUACUGUCUGAACUCAUGACCUUUGACCUCAUAGUAGUCACUGACUCUGUAUCGGACUUGACUGGUCUGAAUCAGUUGUAAAUGAGACUGACUGUAGCUGAAAGUAGAAUAAAAAGUUCAUUUCUCUAA